UCAGGCUUUUCAAAACAACCUGGAAAAAAACAGGUUGAGAAAUACAUCUGCUAAUCUCUCUUCCCUCCCACUGCUCCUCCCUCUGGCUCUCCUUUCUUUGAUUAACGGGGCCCUAGAUCUUUUCAAAAAGACUUCUCGAGAGGCUUCCAGAAUCACUCCUAAAAACUGGAAACCCAGACUCUCUCCAGGAUGUACCUGAGCGCUACAAACCACCGCAUUCCUCUAAGUGAUGGAAACAGCAUUCCUAUCAUCGGUCUUGGGACCUACUCAGAACCUAAACUGACCCCUAAGGGGACCUGUGCGAAGUCAGCGAAGAUCGCCAUUGAUUCAGGGUACCGGCACAUUGACGGGGCCUACGUCUACCGGAAUGAGCACGAAGUGGGGGAGGCCAUCAGGGAGAAGAUAGCAGAAGGAAAGGUGCGGAGGGAGGAUAUUUUCUACUGUGGAAAGCUGUGGGCUACAAGGCAUGAGCCAGAGAUGGUCCGUCCAACCCUGGAGAAGACACUUAAUGUCCUUCAGCUAGAUUAUGUGGAUCUUUACAUCAUUGAAAUACCCAUGGCUCUCAAGCCUGGAGAUGAAAUCUAUCCUAAAGAUGAGAAUGGCAAAUGGUUAUAUCACAAGUCAAAUCUGUGUGCCACUUGGGAGGCUUUAGAAGCUUGCAAAGAUGCUGGCUUGGUGAAAUCUCUUGGAGUAUCCAAUUUUAACCGCAGGCAGCUAGAGCUCAUCUUGAACAAACCAGGACUCAAAUAUAAGCCAGUCAGCAAUCAGGUUGAGUGCCAUCCGUAUUUCACCCAGCCAAAACUCUUGAAAUUUUGCCAACAACAUGACAUUGUCAUUAUUGCACACAGCCCUCUGGGGACCUCCAGGAAUCCAAGCUGGGUGAAUCUAUCUUCCCCACCUUUGCUAAGGGAUGAACUUCUAAACGCACUGGGGAAAAAGUACAAGAAGACAGCAGCUCAAGUUGUUUUGCGUUUCAACAUCCAGAGAGGAGUGGUUGUUAUUCCUAAAAGCUCUAACCCUGAAAGGAUCAAAGAAAACUUUCAAAUCUUUGACUUCUCUCUCACUGAAGAAGAAAUGAAGGACAUUGAGGGCUUGAAUAAAAAUGUCCGCUUUGUGGAUAUGUUCAUGUGGUGUGAUCAUCCCGAAUACCCAUUUCAUGAUGAAUACUGACUUCAUAAUGCUCCUGAACUGAUUUUUCCCUCCCAUGCAUGUCAGAACCUUGGGCUGGGUGGUUCUCCCAGAGGAAGAAAUUUUAAAAGUUUUACUAUCUUUAGAUAAAUUGGUGAUGUUAACACGCUUAAGUUUUGUGCAGUAUAAAUGACUUUGGUUUAGGUAUAUGAAGAAAAAAAAAAUGUUUAAAUCUGUUGAAAUAAUUGUUUGGAAACUAUAAGCUAAUAUUUUAUUGGAUCAAGGUCUUUUGGGUCCCAGACAGACAAACAUUAGGCUUUAGAAAAGACUGCAAAGGCAAUAUAUGAAGAUAUAUAACUCACUGCCAUUGGUAGUCUGAGUUCCUUACUUUAGCAGUUAACAGGGCAACAAAGAGGGUGGUGAGCUAGUGCAUGCCAGUGUUGGCAGUGACUGAUGAUUUGGACCAUUGACUGUAACACAGACACAGCCAAGAUAAGAUCCACACAUGCAUUAUUAAUAAGGAAGUGAUUUGCUGCACCUUGUGUAAAGAGAAAGGGCUAAGCAUAGAAAAGUCUUAAAAUAGAGCUAAUUAAACACCACAGUGGUCAGCAAAGACAUAAUGAUUUGGUUGUUGUUUGUUUCCAUCCAAUGUGGGUUCAUUUAGCUUUUACCUAGUUUGAGGGAUGGCUAAUUGCUGGUUCUCUCUUGCAUGCUUUCAAGGGCCUGAGAAUGAACAUAACUGGUGAUCCAUUCUUACACUGCCUAUCACUCUUGCCUUACUCAUCAUACAUCCACCAUUAUGUGAAGUAGCUUGAGACAAUCAACAGACACAAAACCCUGAAUCAUAAAAUAAUCCAAAGAUGACUAUUUUUUUAAGUAGGCUCCAUGCUGGGAAACCAGAACUCAUGACCCUGAGAUCAAGAACUGAGCUGAAAUCAAGUCAGAUGUUUAACUGACUGAGCCACCCAGGUGCCCCCAAAGAUGACUAUUUUAAAAGAAGGCAUUUAAAAAGGAGGCUUUAGGGGUCCCUAGUUGGCUAACUUGGUGGAGCAUGUGACUCUUAAUCUCGGGAUUGUGAGUUCAAGCCUCAUGCUGGGUGUAGAGAUUACUUAAAAAUAAAAUCUUUAAAAAAUAAUAAAAUUAAAAUUAAACAGAGGCUUCAUACAAUUAUUAUACUUAGGACUUUGAAAGUGUUAUUGGGAUAACUGUGAAUUUCAAGAAAGUAACAAGUUUGAAAGAACACUGGUAAUAUUACUAUAUGUAAAUUUUUAAUUUUUAAGUAAGAACAUUAUUAGAAUUAUUCAGUAGAGAUAUAUCAAUUGUCAAUUCAACUGGAGCAAUGUAUUUUUUUUCAUUCAUAUUAAGUCAUUUUCAUUGGGCAAGAGAGUUCUUCAAAAAUUAUGUCUUUCCAAGACCAAUUGCUUACAGAUAAUCUUCAACGACCUGAAAACAUACAUUUCUGAGAAAUCAGCACUUUAAGAAAACUUGAUCUCACUGUAUCCACUGAUGCUAAUGUAAUGCUGUUCUCUGGAAAAUAUUUUGUUUACAAGAAAUAAUAAAAUGUGAUGAUUUAUU